AUGUCUGAUGUUUUGUUUUUCCUUUCUUUUGAUCUUGAGCUGUGGCGCGGGCUUCUCCAACGGCUUCUCUACGUGGGAGGAACUGAGAACGACAGACGACGCUACCGUCUUCUUCUGUUCUGUUGCUCGCUGAAGGCCGCCUCACACGGAGAAAGCAAAACACAAAAGAAAAGUGUAUCACAGAACAACAACAGAACUCUGGCUUUGCUUUUCGCAUGGAUGGAAAGAAGAAAACACGAAGGCUGCGGGUGCUGUUGCAGUCACGAGCCCUCGGCAGGCCUGUACUGUACGCUCACCUACCUUUUGCAAAAAAAAAAAGAGGAAGCAUUCUGGCCAACGCAUGUUGUGGUCAACCUCGCAAACGUUUUCUUUUUUCCCCUCCUCCUUUCCAAGGCGGAGAGACAACAACAAUGA